CUCCACUGAUCGUCGUCUUCUAUUCUAGUUUGAUUCUCGGCGGAGGAUACUCGACGAGAAAAUCCAGAUCGGGAAUUAUCUUUGAGAAGAGGAAAAAGAUAACUGAACUUUUUUAAACAUGAAUUUAGGUUUCGUAGUUGGAGUUUUCGGCGUUCUGAUUCUCUCCCAUGCCGCUUAUUCAACAAUCCAAUAUAGAGGAUUGUUGAAGAUCAUGGAGGAAGAGUUUUCUCGACCACCGAUGAAUGUUAUUCUGGAGCUGAUCAUUGGACUAGCUCUGUGUAUGUGGGCUGCUUUGACUUUCCCUGGGAAAUUUCUCUCGAUCCAUCCGGAUUCCGAUGAAAAUAGGGCGGUUUCUUUACCAGAUAGCUCUGAAUUCAUGAUAUUCAAUCACCGUGGCAGACUGUUCCCACCGGAGAUCGACAUGAAGUUUUGAUUUUUCAUUUUUUUUGUAAUCACAGUGCGUAGUCAAACACUUAUCUGUCUAAUACUAAGAGAUGUUUCCAUUGAAAUUUUAAGUAAAGUACUCUGUUUUUCAUCAAUUUUUUUAUAUUUGGAAAGUCUUGUGAA